GGAUUUUUCACCCAAAAACGAAAAUUUUGUCUGGGAAGUACCCCUAAAUUGUAUUGAAAUAUUUUCAAACUUCCAGAAUGUUGGCUUUUUGUGGAAAAAUACCCUGUGUCAAGUUUCACGUCGUCAUGCAAGGAUUGAUUCCAUUCCCAUUUUAAGUAAUUUUUAUAUAAAAAGUGUGUUAAAAAUUAUGUGUAUCGCAAAACUAAUGUCAGAUUCAGUUUUUCGUGAGUUCAAAUUCAAGUAAAAGAUAAGUUAUAAAUGAAUUUUGUGGAUCACAGUGCGGAAAAGUUCAUCUUACGUAUGUAAGACAUUUUAUUCUACAUUGGAGCCGGCGGAUCAACACCAGCCAAUUCGCCGAUUAGAAUAAAGAAAUAUAUACGCUGUCCAGGCACGCGCAAACCCAUUGCAUCGAUCAUGAAACGUGGCAAUUGCAUCAUUCGAAUGGUGGGUAAAUACAUGACAUCACAGUCACAGCAUUGCCCAUUGUGUUUCAAGCGAUUUCCACUAGCAACUCGAGGCGAUCGAUACAAGAAAUGUGUGGAUUGUGUACCAAAUCCAAUUGUUGGAUUACCACGAACCAUCGUAACCAAUGUGAGCAAACGAUUACUGCAAAUGCGACGAGUAAUUGAACAAAUGUGGCGCGAGAUGCGAGAAAUGGGCGAUGAAAUUGCUCCAACUCUUCGAGAUGGACCGAAUGCAGCUCGUUUGGUUUCAAAGAAGCAACGCUUCUUCAAAACAUGGCUACCAAAUGUUACAAACGUUGGAAUCGAGAGAGCUGCUGGAGCACAACCAUCGCUAACAACUGUAUGGCUUCCUGAUAUCGCAGCAGCGAAGCUGAUCCUGUACAAAGGUGAAUUCGUGGUGUUCAAGUGAAGAAUUCAUCCAAAUGUACGCAGACCUACCCGCGUUAUCAACAAUCAACCUUCACCAUUGUAUCACGGUCAGAAUCAGAAUGUCAACAAUGGACAACUGCAGCCGUUGUGUAGCAGCGCUCAUUCAACGAAAUCAACAAUAUUCAAUCAAAUUAUAAUUUAGAAAUUAGUUAUAACAAUUAUUUGUCAGUCCGCUAGGCUUGAUUAAAUUGUGGCCUUGCCACAGAACAAGUAUUCUUGUAGGUUAGUAUAGUUUACUAUACUGAAUAGGAUAUCAAGUCAAUUUUUGUAUCAUACUAAUUGAUUUUUUUUUUCCAUUGAUGACGUUGAAUUCAACUGAAACUACACACCAAUCCGGGCCCAAAUUCUAUCGUUAACAUAUGCCCCAUAAUGGAUGAAUUUGCCACAACAAUUGUUCAUUAGGAUGGCAAAAAUAAAAACACAAUUGUAUUGUUCAUCAACUUUUUUUAUCUUUAUUUUGUCGAUAAAAAUUCACUGGUGCUUUUCGGACAAUUUAAUUAGGUCGAUUCGAGUCCAGUUCAAAAAGACCCUUUUUGUUAUUCAAUUCCGUAACAAAUUUAUGACAUUUCCUAUGUAAAUUAUUCACCUUUUGGCUACUUCAGUUCA